AUGGAGAUUUCCUACUCGUCUUCAAAUCCUAUUCCCACUUCACAACACAAUAUAGCAUCAUAUUCAAACACAAAAUAUAAUGGUGUGAAUACAAUUACAGAGGAUACUUCACAGAACAAAAUGACACAUUUAAUGCCUUCAUCUGAUUGCCCAAGUGUAGUAUUCCAUGAUAGACCAUCUAGUCCACGACGUCUCACUACAACUAACAAGAAAACAAUGCAUGUACGUGCACUUUUUGAUUACGACCCAACUAUGGAUAGUGGUUUGCCAAGUCGUGGUUUACCUUUUCAACACGGUGAUAUUCUGCAUGUUGUCAACGCUAGUGAUCGUGAAUGGUGGCAAGCUAGACGAAUAUCUUUAGCAUCUGAUGUUGAAAAUGCUCAACCUGUCGGUUCAACUUAUUCUACUAACAACAAUAAUAAUAGCAAUUACAAUAGUACGAGUACACGUACACUUACUUCUACUACUACGUCCACUGGAUUGGGUAUUAUUCCCAGCUGUCAGCGUAUUGAAAGACGUCAGAAGACUCGAUUAAAGCGUGUAAAUUUCGUUGGCAAAGUAACUGUAAUUGGUUCAGCACCUUAUACACAUUCUACUUCCUCUUCAAAUCCAUCUGUUGUGAAUUCGACAGCGCCUCUUUCAUCACCGUGGGACAUAAGUAAUAAUAUUCCUACUACUGAGAACAGUAAUAAUAAUAAUAGUAGCAAUUGUAACAAUAAUAAUAACGGAAGUAUGGUUACUGAUUUCGCAGGCGGUUCAAAUAAUUCUGAUCGCUUAAGAAAUAAUUCUUUAGAUGUGAAUUCAAGAGAUAUUUCACGCAAUAUGUCUAUUGGUUCAGAAUCGAGUAACAAUGAUACUAGCAAAAAAAAGAGAUCAAGCAGUUUGACAAGAAAUCUGUUCAAAUGUUUUUCUCAUCGAGCUAUCAAAAAUGAUUCAGUCAGUGGUGUUCUGACAAUUACGAGGACAGGAUCGUUGGAUGGAGUGAAUCAGAAUCGAUAUCCUGUUGUACGGAGUUAUGAUCUUGUUGUCCCAAUCACGAUAUCUAUGGCACGUCCUUUAAUAUUCUUUGGACCGUUAAAAGACCGUAUAAUUGAUGAAUUACUAUUAAAAGAUGCUAAAUUUACAACAUGUGUACUACACACCAGUAGACCACAAAGACCGAAUGAACGUAAUGGUAUUGAUUAUUACUUUGUCACAUCGAAAUCCGCAAUGGAAGAGGAUAUUAAGCAAGGCAAAUAUAUUGAAAUCGAUAGAUUCCAGGAUAAUUAUUAUGCAAUAAGUAUAGAUUCAAUUCGUUCUAUCCUACAAUCCGGUCGAAUAUGCCUUUUAGACGUUGGAUUAGAUUCAGCAAAGUACCUAGAAGAAAUUGGUCUCUUCCCCAUAACAAUCCUGCUGAAACCCAAAUCUAUUACACAUUUACGUAUGCUGCAGCGUAGGCUAACUGAAGAUCAGGCAAAACGCCUAAUGGAGCUAAUACAACACAUUGAAGAUGAAAACUGGCGAUUUCUUUCGGCUAUUAUGACAUAUGAGAGUAUAGAAAAUCUCUUGACUUCAAUUGACAAAUUUGUACAACUUCAUAGUGGUCCUGUAAUUUGGGUACCAUCCACCAUGUCUGUAACUAAUCCCGGUGUUCAGUGUCCAACUGGUACGUCUACUAUAAAUCAUAAUCAAGUAAUAAUUGGAAAUAAUAGUCAAAAUAUUAGUGCCUUGCUGCCACCGGCACCACAGCCUGUAGCAGCGUCAUCCUCUUCUGUAAAUGCUACCGUCAAUAUCACACAAUACAACAACAACAACAACAGUAAUAACAGACAAAACCCUUCAACUCGCUUCGGUGUUUGA